AUGUCUUCAUCAAGAGGAUGUCUUCAGAGUCAUAGAAACAUGAGUCGUAAUCCCUCAUCCAUGCGUACCCAUCAAUGCUGCAGACCCCUGAAAGCUCCGCAAGCUGCACGACGAGAUAUACCGGUCAAGGAAAUGUGCUUGGACCACACGUUUGUUGCUGCAUUUUUCCUCUUAGGAGUCGCUACAAGAUUUUCUGUCGCUGACCACACGACCUGUCACCCUAUCUUCAGUGAGAUCUCUUCGCUCAGUUUCGCGACAUCUAGCGACACGCAGUUCAUUGAACUUUCAUUGUCUGAAGCAUGCCAUAAAGGACACAGUCAACGCCUGAAUCUGAAUAAGUACGGACUGCUUGUGCUGGAAACAAAGCCUAUUUUGCUCGGUGAACCAGACGCUUUCACCGUGAAGAGUUUCGUCGACUUCAACAAUAAAAAGUGGGAGAAGAAAAAGGGGAAACUGGAAGACUUCUACGUUGUUGGCAGUUCGCUUGAGGAAAACUCGCGUAUUGAUUUCAAAUUCUACGAAUUUAGUGAGAAAGUAGCCAAGUGUUCGCGCUUUGUCAACUGGCCUAACUGUAACAAAAAGGUAGAAUCGACUCACGGGAAGAGCAUAACGGAUUUCUUCAGCGGGAGGUCUACAACAGGCAACAAUAUUUAUAUCACUGAAAAGCGGGAAGUUUCACGCUCAUCUCAAGAAUGGCUCUCUAGUAGGAUCAAGAGCUUUGUUGCUUUUGCUCACACUCAGGACCGGAAUUGGAUGCUACCUUCGGAGAGACUUGAAAUUUUGCUUCCUAGUCGACCUGCUCUGCAUGUUCUUCCUUAUAAGUCUCUUGAUGACAAAGGCAUCUCAGUUUCUCACUGCGGCUCUGAUUGGGCCCUUACAGCUGCUUCCCCACGUCAGAGCAAUGUUUGCAGCGGUGAGAAAUUCAAGCGUUUGCUGAAAAUGGAACUAGCUCCGGCGGCACAUCAGCCCUGUAUUCCAGCAGAGAGCGAUAUGGAUAUAGGCUCAAGUGACCAGGCAUCAGACGACGAUCGAAGCGAGGUGCCUGCAGGUCAUGGAGAGCCUAUGGAUGUGAACGAUGCCGAAGAAGUCGUGCCUGAAACAAUGGAAACGAGAGAGCAAUGCAUUCUUGAGGUCAUUCGGCUGAAGCGCACGAUUAAUGAUUUACUUGUGAAAAUUGAAACCGUAGAAUUGGAACUCCGCAUGGUUCGUGAGGAGCUCAGAGAAAAGAAUACUUUGACUAGCGAAGCGCUAGAAUUGGCUGCCAAAGUUCCGUGGCUUGCCUACUACAGAGAUCCAUCCAGACCUAAUGCCGACUUCAUGCGUUGCAAGCUGUGCAACAGACACACAGAUGGCAACGAAGUUGAAUACAAUCCCGACGAUGACCACAAGAAAUGUGAUGGAUGGAAGGAAGAGAGCAUUAAUAGAAACACGAUGGGAAGGGGCUCUGUUUUGUGCAUCAAGCGAUUUUUCGGACGCGGCACACCCAUUACUCGCUUACUUCAGAGGAUAAAGGCUCAUGAAUCAUCUACGGAGCACAAUAACAACUUCCGCGAUUUUCACAAUACGAUGGGGUCAUUGGACUACAGCGUGCCCCAAGAUGUUGAAGCAACAGUCUCAUCUACUUUGACUGCAUAUACUAUAGCUAAAGAACGAUUGCCACUCGCUAAGCAAUUUCCCCUGCUGUUGCUGGGUAUGCGAGCAGGAGCGGCUCCCACCACUGCACACUACGACUCAACUACGGCCCAGAGAAUGAUACAAACGUUCGCAGAGCACAUGAAAUACGAUAUACUAAAGUAUGUGGUUGACACCGACUCGUAUUUCUCUUUACUCACCGAUGGAACGUCAAAUGAGGGCGUUAAAUUGAUUGUUUUUCUCCUUCGAACGGUAUCGCCUCUGAAUCGACCAAUUACGUUCCAUCUUGCUCUGGUAGAAGUGAAAAGCGAAUCUGCCCACGAGAUCGUUGAGGCGUUCACAAACUAUAUCAAGGGGCUAGCUUCCUGGGCAGUAACUCCUGGCUUGGAUGAGGAACCCUACAGUUUUGCUAUGAGACGGAUGGUAGCGCUUUCCAGCGAUGGAGCUUCUGUAAUGGAUGGUAUUCGCGAAGGUGUCCAUGCGCAGUUGAAGCAACUUAUUCGAAAAGAAACAAAUGGCAAACGGGAGCAUUUCCUUCUGUCCGUAUGUGGUGCCCACAAAUUGAACUUGGUGGUCAGAGGACUAAAAGGAGCUGCCUUUAACCUCACACAAGCAGUUGUUACGGAAAUGCACAAUAUAUUCGGUUCCUCUCUAGGCACACGAGCACGUGCUAUUUACUUCGCGACUGCUACAAGCAUGGGAUUCCCUCACCUGCAAAUGGAUGCCUUACACUUAGUACGGUGGUCAGCAAGCUUACAGGCGUCGCUGUCAAAAAUACUUCGUGUGUAUCCUGUCCUUAUCCGGGCUUUGUAUGGAGUGAUCAUAGACGGAAACUCAUCUCCAGCCAUGAAAAAACGUGCUGAAGCAGCAAGGUUCGCCUUGAGCGAUGCGCGAACAUUCAUUAUCUUGCAUCACGUCAACGCGACUCUUUCUAGCUUCGCUAGGUUUUCGGAGGCCCUUCAAGAUGAGGAAGCACUUAUGGUUGAUUUUUUGUCCCGUUGGAGGCAGUUGAGUUCAGCACUCGAGGACGACUCUAUAAAAACAACUGUGUAUCACUAUCUUGCUCGCAGUGGCUUUCUUCAGAAGUGGGAUCGUAAUCGAAAUAAGUAUGUCAAUCCUGAUCAGAAGUUUCUGAGAGAUUACUGCAUGGGUCGAACUAUGCAACAUCACAGCGAUGAAGGUCUGACUCCAUUCGACCAUCUCGGCCUGAAUCCUCGCAAGUUUCCCGACUGCAGAGCAGUGGAACCGCCAAGUUCAGAUGAGCAUCGAACAGAAACAGCUGACCCACUCCGUGUGCAGAUGUUUAGAAAUCCUGCUAUUAUACACGAAUCCUACAGUGAGCAACAUUCUUCUGAUUCUGCACCCCCCAAGGAGGACGCUACAAUCGAAGACUCAUUCACCCUAGCUAAGGUGUACCGACACCAGAUUAUGGCUACAUGUCAAACAGAAAGUCUUAUCGAUAACUUCUACACGGAAAUCCAUGCGAAGCUCGGCCACUAUAUGGACUUCCGCCGCCGCAUUACAGAAGCACCCUCCUAUUUCCCAUAUGCGCUGGACAGGCACAUUCUUCUUGACAUAAUAGAAUGCAAUGGUGACUACGAGAAUUUCAAGGACUGUGUUUUGCCAAAUACUAGCCGAGAAAACCGCGGCUAUCCUGACUACAUGACAAAGAGGGAAAUGUGGAUAAAGACCUCCGCCAUCAGCGUAUUUGGCAAUCUGUUGCUGAAAUACAAACACUGUGCUCCCUGA